CGGACCUUGAACAGUUAAGGCCAUUGCCGAAGAUCCAGUUUUGAUCGCGCGAUUUUGUUGUUUAUAUAAUUAAUAUUAAAACGUGCUUCGAGUUUGCUGUUUGGCAUCCAGUGUGCAGCGAACAGUUAUUAUACUCCGUUGCACUGCAUUUAUUGGAAAGCUGACCACUACCAUGUAAAACACGUUCACGCAGGACACUUUUCACGAACGUCAUCAUGAGACAUCUGCUGAGACAGUAAACUGGUUAUCCUGAAUAUUUUACACUUAAACAACCGUGCUCGUGACCAGUGGAGGGAAAUCGGGUGAACAUGUCAGGGUUGAAAUUUGCGGUUUCGUUACUUUUGAUCGGUCUAAUCGUGGACGGAUCUUUGGGCGACACUAGAUUCCUUGCGAAAACGAAUUACAGUGUUUCCGAUCUUUUCAAAACUAAGAACACCAAUUUAAAAAUAUCCCAGGACCCCAUUGCCGUAACAAAAAGUCCGUGGCAUGAGGCUAAUUCGAAACUCGAAGACGACGUCUCGAUUUACGGAGAAGAUAAUUCGAAAUUCGAGCGCAGGAAUUCGUUCGUCGAAACAUCGACGUUCAACCCGGACGUGCUGAAUAAAUUCCUCGAAGAGUACGCUACGAAGAUAAAAAGCACGACUGAGAAAAAUUACAAAUACCCGUUCACGGUUAUUGAACCUCCAGUCGAGCCUUUCCAACUUGAAGUUCAUGAUUCGGUGGCUGACGAGUCGGAAAUCAACGCCAAGGAAAAUACGACAGUGUACAGUAAUUCGAAACUUGAUCAUCCCCAAGGUGACGAAAACGCCAACGACACAUUUGAAAGGAACAAACAGUGGGGUGGCGGUAAUUCUUACGACGAUCGAACCGGCUGGGUUACCCUGGAAGCGAUCCCGUGGUCCAAGAGUAAGAUUUCGAAGUGGCAAGCAAACCAAGACGCGCAAAAACCUUGGCCGGAUCAUCGGCCUUGGGAGAAGCCUCAAAGCGUGGACAGACCCUGGCAACAGAGACCGUCGUACAACGACGAUAACGCUCCGUGGUACGAAAAGUCGAAGCCUCACUACCCAGACAACGCUGGUAACAAGAAACCGUGGUUCGAAUCCGACCGUCCGAAGCCCAACAAACCCUCGCGACCGUCGUACUUCGAUAACGGUGACGAUUUCGAAGACAGGCCUAGCUACGCCCAAAAGUGGCCUCCGGAAAAACCCUGGGACAAAUACGCGGACUCUUUCAAACAGACUCCGGACAUCAUCACCGACGAUAAACCGACGAAUUUUCCCAGCAACUGGGACAAGCCGCAGAUAUCGAAACCGUCCUACAAUUUGGACAGGUUUGGAGACGGCAAUCGCGAGCAAACAACGACCGGCUGGAACAGUCACAAGUACGAAUUUCCUCCGAAGUACGAGGAGCUGAAUAACAGACCGUCGAACUUUCCGCAACCUUCAUCGUCCUUCGACAGACCCCAUUUUUCUCACUAUCAGUACUCCACCGAUCAUCCACCCACCCAUCCCGCCAAUGGUGACGGACAGUGGGUUCUGCUUUCGACGAAUCGAGGAUACACCAAAUCUCGUCAAAGGUCGAUCAAAAUAUCAGCGACAAAUGCUGAGCCUCAGACCUUGACCGAUGUUAAUCGUGAGAAAAAUGGUCCGGAUCCAACUGUGGCAGUGAUGUCGUCAAGACGUCAAGUCAGAUUAACAGUUUUGCCUUCGGUGAACGGUACUAACACCACGACGUCCCACGGAGGCCUUUUGGAGGUUGAGAAGACGUUCAAGACCGUCGAUCAGAGCCAAAGAGAAUACGAAAAUACGAAACAGACAAUCGGUUCCCCCGUAUUGACCAAGAGGCCGAUUCGCAAUGCUGGUAACAAGCAGCCGUCGAAUUCGGCGGUUUUGGCAGCCGUCGGAGCCGGCAUGCUGCCGGCGACAAUGGCAAUGAUGAUACCGAUGAUGCUGGGGAGGAAAAAACGUGCCGCUAAUGCUGAAGAAUUCGAAAACACGUUGAAAUCGUCGAUCUUUGAACUGAAAGACGAUUUUAUCAGUAAGCUAAGCAACCGAAGAAAAUUUAGAAAAUUACGAAUGUAGUAGCUACUAUGUGCAAAUCCAAUCGGGUCGAGAUAAUUAUCGCCCAAAAGACAGGCCAAAAUUCAAAUUCAAUCAAUUCUUCAGAUUUUAAACGCCAGGUAUAUUAUACGUAUGUUGCUGGGGGUCUCAAAUUCUCGCUGCUUUGAGAGCAACAAUGUUUGCAUUCAACUUUAAUUAGCUAUUUAAGAUUUAUCUACAAUAAUAUAAGACAUUUUUUUUACAUAAAGUAUAUCACCUCACGCAAUGUCCGCCUCAUUAUCAUCAUAAGUGUUGGUAGCUGAGUUUUUUUAUAUCAUAAAUUAUUACGUAACUUAUUUCAUCUUAUUCAUCAUUUUCGCUUUGUUCUUAUAUUAUUUUCGUAUUUUAUCCGACUGACUUUAUUGGUAGAUAACUGCCAAUGUAGUUUUAAAAAAAAGUUUGAAUUAGAGUUUCGGUAAUGAUAACUCGUAUAUUGGUAAUUUUUUAAGCAACAUUAUUAUGACAAUAAAAGGUGCGAAAAUAUUCGUGAAAUCGAUUCGUGCAAGAUUUAAUUCUUUUAUUUACAUACGAUAUUUGAGUGAAAUUCCAUUACAAUGGAUACAUUUAUUUAUAUAUCUUGCAAUAAAUUAUUUUUUAAGAAUAACGCUUCAACCCCAUAUGCUUCCCUUUUUGAAAGUAAAGUGUAGGAAAAUGCGUUGUAGGUACAAUAUCAUCUUAAAUUUUCUAUACAUAUACAUGUAGGUGUAUGUAAUUUCAAUGAAGUUAAUAACGUUUGCGGGUAAAAUAUAUACCUAUAUCAUAAUAUACUAUGUGACAAUGUAUAAUUUGUUAUUCGUCGAUAAGAAAUUUUUAAUUUUUCCUCUUCAAAGUUUCUUACAAACAAAGAGAGCUUGAACGCCAGAAUUUCCCAUUGCCUGAUUGAAAUGAGCCUGGUUUAGAUAUUCAUUUGAAAAAGAUAUUGAAAAAUUCAUGGCCUUGUUACAAAAUGAACUCGAGCACAGUAAUCGGAUCGGUGCUCGAGCUCAUCUUUUACAAAUAAUAAAACUACACCGUAAUGCCACAUCGUCGCUGUGACUUGUAUUCGAUAAGUUCACGAU